AUGUUUUCGAGCCUCAAGUCCAACUUGACGCGGCGUCGAGACCCAAGGGCUCAUCUCGAGUUCAGCCGUUUGGCGAACCCUGCAGUUGAAUCCAAAGGCUCUGUCGAGAAAGCCGAAGAAGGCAGACGAGACAGCACCGCCAAGUCACUCAACGGUGUCGACGGCAGAGAUGCAGCCGAAUCAUGGUCGCUCACAAGAGCAAAUAGUGAAAUGCCCGAGGAGAGAGAGGCCACUCGAGGAGGUACUAGCUGGUGGAAACAAGAGAUGCUGGUGGAUCGCAGUCUCUGCGGCAUGGCCGCCCUCACCUCCGCUUUUGCGCUUACUAUGCUCCUUGUCUGCAUCUCCACCUCACCGGCCUUCUCCGAACAUGUCAGGCAAAACCCUAACUCUACAUCAAUUGCCUUCGAGAGGGGCACGUGCAAGUCAAUAGAGCCCGGCUAUCAAGCUCUGAAGUUCCUAAUCAACGUCGCAUCAACCAUGAUCCUCGGCAUGUCAAAUACGUACCAGCAGCUUGCAACCGCCCUGCGAAUCGAUGACCUUCCAUACAUGCUGUCAAGAUUCGGCGACUGCCGUGUAGGCACAAACUCGCCCUUUGCCAUCGACUACAAACGCACAGGUCGCUGGCAAUCUUGGCUUCGCUGGUCGUUCCUCAUACUCACUUCUAUGCCUAUACAUUUGCUUGCCAAUUCUCUCGUGGGUACAUCGACCUAUCGAACAACCCCGAAAGUGUCAUACGAGCCCAUUGCGAACAUUUCGUAUUGGUAUACCGACAUCGGCUACUACAUAGAAGACUAUUCCCGCUCCCUCGCCCCCAAUACUGCUUGCACAACCGCAUUCGAACAAGGCUCUCUCAAAAGUCUGGCGGCUAAUAAAACCUCCACGCUCGACGACUGGGAGGGGUAUUUUGGAGACACUGAUGCAACUGGAAAUUCCGUAAAAAUCUGGUACGACGAAAGCCAGUGUAGCGAGAGAAAUGCAACUCACUCGGCAAAUUGCACUGCGACUUACCUAAGGUGCCUCAUCACAUCCGGAUCUGACGAUGGAGGCGAUUGUGCGCUUGUACUGCGCAUGAUGCCCGCCUUCAUCCUAACAGGAUGCCUGCUGGCCAAGGCUAUCUAUAUGGUCCUCACCAUGCAUGCCUCGCGUGGCCAAGUCAAGUCACAUCUUCUAACUUUUGGAGAUGUGCUUGUUGCUUCUUCGCUAUAUCCUCGACUUCAGGUUCAUGGCGAAUGCAUGACGGGCAAAGGAGACUUCCACCGACGACAGAUCAAGCAUAUCUGUCACAAGCACUGUAAGGAUCCAGAGCCAUCGGAUACAGGAGAGGAGCUGGGCCACUGCCAAAAAUGCAAAAAGUUCAACCUCGUCUACAACCAUACGAAGCUACCGUGGCCAACGCUGGCCAUGAAACGGAAGAGAGCUUUCCUCGGGACACUUGGCCAGACUGCAUUGACCCAGAUUCUUCUCUUGUGCAUCAUGUCACUCGGAUCUGUAGCAUGGUCAAUCAUGUUUGGUAUUGGCGUCGGCGGUGAUUGGGACAUGAUGUACAACAGAAGUAACCCGAGAAGGCCAUACGUCAGCCUGGCAGCAUAUUUUUCCAAGGGCAAUCGGCUGGCCGAGCUGGCGCCUAACCAGAUCAGCAGCGAGAUCGCUUCCUAUUUCAUCGCCAACGGCCUACAGUUUGUCUACUCGACUAUUUACCUGCUACUCAUCUACAACCUUACCCUCAUCUCCAUGGAGUUCGACUGGGGAAAGCUUGAAAAGUAUGGUGGCCGACUGCGCUGCACUAUCGUCAAAGGCCGGCCCUUUAAUCAAUCUUACUUGUUCCAGCUUCCGAAACGCAUCCUCAUCCCGACCAUGACCUAUAGCAUCAUCAUGCACUGGCUCCUGGGUCUCUCGAUGCAGGCGGAAGAAAUAAUAUAUGAGACGCCAUACCAAUCCUUUUCAAAAUACACGGCAACGUGCGUGCCGAAUGGUCUUUUCGGCUCCACUGCGAUGCUGAUCAUCAUGACCAUCGUUUGCUGGCGCACCUUUUCGUACCGUCGCGAAGGCUUCAUUCCGCAGAUGUACGGGUCGAUCAGGGUGCUUUGUGCGUCCACAACCCGCCUGGAGGAGUUCAAUGACGACGGGAAUAUUAAAUGGGGGGAUUUCUCCCGCUACCCUUGA